AUGCCAUAUAAGGGUCUCGAUUUUGAAAACGGCUUUGUCUUUCACGCAACGUCAGUAAAUCCACUCAACAAACAGUCUGCAUGCAGUGCAUGCCCUCUGCACUGUAGUCGUUGGUACGACCCCCAGCGCCUCUACCCUUCACAAUAUCGCCUGCUACGGGACAAGGUCGCCGAAAAUCAGCACAAGUGGCGCAAAGCAGAAGCAAGUGCUCGGGAAACGGAGGAACGCGCCAAAGACCUGGAAGGGCGGAUUGACCUUUACAAAGAGGAGACGGCGAAGGUGAAGGAUGAAGAGAUUCGGGACAAGACCGAGAGAAUCCAGAUACAGGACAAGGAGAUUGGCCUGAAGGAUGAAAGAAUACGCCUGAUGGAGGAGGAGAUCAGGAGGAAAGAUGAAGAGAUCCGGAGAAAGGAUGAGGAGAUUGGGAUUAACGUGAAGGCGAUCCACGCGACGGACGAAUACCGGAGGAAGGACAAGGCAGCACGACUGCUCUCUGAGCGGUGCAGAUCUGUCGAGCAGGGCCUUCUCAAGCUCCGCGCUGAGAAUGCCAGCCUUCGUCGGAAAAUCUACGAUGAUCAAGAGGAGAAGGAAAUGCUAUCUAAAGAGCAGGAGGCGACCAAGGAUAUUCUAGGCGCGACGGACUUGGAGUUGACUGAAGCCCGUGCGAUGCUUUCUUCCAAGCAAGCGGAGCUCGUCAAUAACACCAGUGCCGCCAUGCGGGUUGUUAUUGCCUUGCGAAAGAGACUCCUUGACGCCGAGAAAGAGGCUCAAAAGAAACUUCUUGAUGCCGAGGAAAAGGCACGACAGGAAGUCCUUGAAACUGAGGGAAAGGUGCAAGAGUUGACGAAGGAGCUAGCGGCAAGCCAAGAGGCGGAGACGCAUUCACGUACAGGUCAUGAGCGCGUGGUGGAAAAGUUGAUAUCUAAGCUGGAGGAGGUCAGCCGAGUUGCAGCGGAGAGGGAGAGGGAGAUGGAAAGGUUAGGCGCGGCACUGAAUGAAGCAUUUUCCCAAGGAAAGCUGGUAUCGGAACGAUGUCGAGAACUGGAGAUGCGGCCGCCUGUGGAUGAAUCGUACCAGCGAAUACUUGAGGAAGAAAGAAGCAUCGCCGUGGCCAUGCUGAGAAGGAUGGAUGAGGAAAUGUCCCUCAUGAAGGAGGCUGGCAUGCAGCUUAUCGUGGAAAAUCAGACUCUGUCGGGAGAAGUCGAACGAUUACAGGGUUGGAAGGCUGAUGCUUGGAGGGCGUUGGAACAACAAGUGGCAGUGCUACGAGAGAUGGAGGGAGAUCUUUCCAUGGCUCGAGAAGGCACCAUGGAGGUCGUGGAACGUAAUCGGAUGUUGCUCGCGGAGGUGGACAGCUUACGCCCCUCGAACGACACGGUUAUGGCGUCCCCAUCGGAUGCGGCCCACCUCUCACAGAUGAUAGCCCUGGCAUUGCAACGAGAGGCAGAUCUAAACCGUGUCAAGGAAGAGCUAGCCCGCUCCCGCGAACGGGAAAAACAGGCCAUGGAGAAUUUGCAGAAUCUCAGCGAGUCUCACAAAAAAUCGCCCGAGGAGCCUCAGGAACAGCCAAACCCUAAUAACGAUUGUUUAUAUAAAGAACGGUAUCGGCGUCUGGUUACGAUAACAGAGCUUAUCCAUGAGAGGAUAUCCAGGGCAAAGGAUCCAUCAAAGUUGGAUCUAUCACAGGACAUCGAUUUCUUGGACAUGCACGUCCGCUUGGACAUAUUCGAAGACAUCAAACACCCAGCCGUCCCUUGGCCCAUUUCCUCUGGCGUCAAGGUGGAUGACAAUAUGGAACUCGAAUGGAAGGAAGAGGAAGAGGAAGAGGAAGGGAAAGAACAACCGUCACUUUCGCAGACUUUCUCCGCGUCGCUUAGCCUUCACGAUGUUGAUACGGAGCCGCUUCAGAAUGUCGGUAAGAAGCGUAAAGAUCCGACAUGGAGGACAGAGGUGUCGUCAUUUUUGGGGGGCUUCUCCGAAUCACUUUGUCCUCUGCCUAAGGAUGUCGAUACGGAGCUUGAAUGUUUGGAGAGGAUUCGAGAAGCAUUCGAUUUGGAUAUGUGGGGGCGCGAGAACUUUAUGCAAAAGUCUGAAGAGAACAAAGUCAGGGAAAUGUGUCUUCUGGUGGCAGAAGAAGUCGAUCGUGCCAUUGAAAAGGCGGUGAGGAAAAAGCAGUUGUUUUUGCAUCGUUAA